AUGGAAGAAGUCAAAAUACCCAUUGUGGUUGGCCCCACUCCGCAUCGGAAAGACAAGCAGCGCAAUAUGAAUACCCUUUUGCUGUUGGUAGCCUUGGUGGCUUUUGUGGCAGCUGAUGUCUCACACUUGGGUUAUGACUAUCAUGAACCGGAGCAAUUUCAUGCAGCCUCUUUUGGUAUGCCCCUGAGUAGUUAUUUGCCUCCCGAGAUGCCCUCUAAUAUGUAUUUGCCUCCCGAUAAUCAUAUGCAUAUACAUCAUGAACAACAAAUGCAUCAUGAGCAUCAAAUGCAUCAUGAGCAUCAAAUGCAUCAGCAACACUUCCAGCAUGAGCCUACUCACCUUGAUCAAGGGCCUGUGCAACAUCAAGUUCAUCAUGCUCAUGCACAUGAGCAUGUCCAUAUCCAAGAGCAAGCUCAUGCUCAUGAACAUGUUUCCCACACGGCCUCAUCCUUUGUCAUACCUUCAACAGCAUAUGGUGCUGCAGAGCCAAGUGGUCAUAGUGCCCACAUUUCACAGCCCAGCAACAAUUAUUUGCCGCCCAGCGAAACAGCUGCUCCUGCACCCUUCAACAGUUUCACCUCCUCGGCAUCAGCCAGUGCUCCCAUUUCUCAACUAAACACCAAUUAUCUUCCACCAAAUGAAGCUGCUGCUAGUUUCACUAGCCCCAUGAUCUCCCAUGCAUCCCAUCAUAUGGUGUCCAGUGUUCCAGUUUCAAAACCAAGCCAACAAUAUUUGCCUCCCAAGGAACUGGCCGCAGCUACACCCAUGAAUACUUAUAUUGCACCUGCGGCUCCAGUUAUGCCAAAACCAGCCCCUGUACCUUCUGCUCCUAAACAUACCCAUAUUGCGGUAGCACCACAAAAUAUGUACAUUGCCCCGGCUGCCACCAAGCAAACUCAUAGCCAUCAUCAACCCCCAGUACAGAAGCAAUCGUUUACUCAACUGCCCAUAGCCAUACCUAAGCAAACUUAUAUACCACCUGCUCCAACACCCAAGCAAGUUGAUAUUCCCAUUACUCCAAAGAAAACCUAUAUUCCUCCUUCACCCCGAUUGCCUCCCUCGCCUGUUAAGCCUGAAUCCUUCAAGGCUCCCUCCAGUGCUUACUUACCUCCCGGUUCGAAAAAUACCCAAAGCGGAUCUGGCUCAGGACCCAUGAACACCUAUUUGCCUCCUGAAGAAAAUAGUAGACCCCGUAUCAUUACUCCUCCCGCACCACGCCUUGCUGACUUAGUGGCCCCUCCACGCCCUCAGCCUCAGUAUGUGGACUCGGAAGUGUUCACCGAUGAUGGCUACAAGACGGUGCGUAAAUUGAAGGCGAAAUUUUAG